AUAACUCCAUAAGUGAUAUGUUAAAGUUAAAAGACGAAGGAUAUAUUACGAACCAGAGAUCGUACAUGCGUUGAGAAGACAUGUACCAAAAUAAAAGUGCACGGCAAGAAUGAAAAAAUGCGUCAGCGGGACUUCUGAAGGUAAUUCUUUUAUGAUAUUUCUUUUCAUAGUAAAAAGACAUCUGUUAAAUUAUCUGUUAAAUUUCACCCUUCGCCGAAUCGAUCGGCAGUUACGUACACAUACACCUUCCAGAGUAAUUUGUAUUGCCUAUAGACCGAUCGCAGUACUAUUUCGCAAUCGUUCCAUAUUAUACUAAAUUAAAGAAAUUUAUGCGAUCAUUUAUGCUAGAAAAAAAGUGGUGGAUUUUCUAAUCGAUAGAUGGUGAAAGAGGGGAUAAUAAAUACAUCCUUGCUCUUCGCCGUCACAUGUGUUCAAACAGUCACGACGGAAUGAUUUGUCUUGAAGUUCCGUAUUUUAGUCUCAAUGAAAUUCUUUUGCGAGCUACUGGAUUAUGGCCUUUUCAACAACAAAAACUCGCUCGAAUUCAGUUUAGUCUAUUCUUUAGUAUCUUGACAACCGCUGUCAUAUUUCAAAUAACAACAUUUGCAACUUCAAAAUGUACUUCAAAAUUUGUCGUGAAAGUUUUGUCUUCUGCAUUAUCUUGCACCAUGGUGGUGAUACAUUAUAGCUCGUUCUAUAUCAACAUCGAAACCGUGAGAAAUUUGCUGACAGAACUUCAUCAUAUAUGUGAGCAGUUAAAAGACGAAAACGAAAUUGCUAUUAUAGAAAAAUACGGCUACAAAGGAAAACGUUUCACGACAGUACUUACAGCGCUCUCUGCUAGUUUCAUAUUUGCUGUUCUUGUCAAUCAGUUUUGUCCAGGCAUUUUUGAUGUUAUUCUGUCUAUAAAUAAAUCUCGAUCACAUCACUUAUAUCUCAAGAUGGAAUAUUUUCUUGAUCAAGAAAAGUAUCUCUAUUUCAUUCUACUUCACAUAAGCCUUGCAAUUAGUAUAGCAGUAGCUGUAUUAAUAGCAAUAGGAACAAUGUUCAUUGCGUAUCUUCAACAUACUUGCGGAAUGUUUAGAAUUGCUAGAUAUACUAUUUACAGUUAUCGUAUCGAAUAUGCUAUGGGAGUUGAUAUGUUACAAAAUAUUUGUUUAACAAAUGAACAUUUGGUAUACAAAGGUAUAGUUUGUGCCAUAAAUAUUCAUCGACAAGCUACAAAAUUGUCUAAGUGUUUAAUAUCUAAUUUUGAUACAACAUACUUCUUUUUGGUAAUAAUGUCAGUAAUCUCAUUAAGUCUUAAUCUUUUUCAAGUUGCAACAUUUCAAAAUGAUAUUUCGGAGAUUGUUUUACCUAUGAUAAUUAUAUUUUUUAUUAGUAUGUAUUUAUUCUUCGGCAAUUACAUGGGGCAGCAUAUAACGGAUCACAAUAAUCACGUAUUUGCAACGGUGUACAACGUUCAAUGGUACAUGUAUCCACUACAUGUACAAAAACUGAUGUUAUUUUUAUUACAAAGAGGUGGUAGAGAAUUUCAUCUAACGUGCGGUGGACUGUUCGUAGCAUCAUUCGAAUGUUUUGCCACGGUAAAAAUUAGUGAAGACCGCAGUGUCUUAUUUUACUGUCAUAUAUUCCAUGCAAUGAUCAGCAGGACAAGUGGCGAACUACAAACAAAAGUCACGAAAAAUAGGAACGACUUGAAAAUUAUUUAGAUACUGGUCCAUGAAAUUGUGUUAACAAUGACUGACAAUUAAUUUAUAAUAAUAAAAUGACUGAUAACAAUGAAGUAGAUGCGUUGGAUACAUUACAACUGAGACAACUGAUCACAUGAAAAUAAACAUAUAAAAUCCUUGUUAGAAACCACAAUACAAGCAGAAUUAAUUUUGCACAAAUUAUCGUAAUAUAAAUAUGCAGAAAUUUCAUGCGAUAAAAUAAAAGUAUUAGGUCAUUACGAAAUAAUCCGGAUUACAUCUAAAUGUCAAUGAAUCAAACUAAACCAUAUGCUUAUACAUAUUUACGACAGCAUAACACAUUAUUUAGUUAAUGACC